AGGAAGGAAAUGUGCGAGAUGUUGAAGUGAUACAGGCAGCUCUUCUCCAUGAUACAGUUGAAGACACGGACACAAGUUUUGAUGAGAUUGAGGCUGAAUUUGGUGUUAAUGUUUGUCAAUUAGUGAGAGAGGUGACAGAUGAUAAACAUUUACCGAAAGCUGAACGAAAGAGGUUGCAGCACGAAGAUGCAGUUUUUGGUGCUUGUAUUGUUGGUGCACGUGCUGUAUGGUGCAACUGGAGGUGCUUCAAGGAAGAAAACAAAGUCUGUCACAACACUCAUAGAAGCUAAGUGGGAAAUUACACCUUUGUUGCUAGAAAUAUCAGAAUACCUUGGAGAAGAAAAUGCAGAUUUCUUAUGGGAAUUUGUGGAUGGUGUAAGUGCCCUUCAUCCUCCAAUUACUGAUUUGGAAAGUGACAGAGCUCAGUAUGAUAAUGCAUUGGAUAUAGCAGACCAUUUAAUUACUCCAGCACAAAUAUCUCUGCUAAAACUUGCGCUUUCUCUACACAUCUAUUCACCUAAGGUGGAAAUGUACUCUCAGAUGGCUGUAGGGCGAGGUGUGUCUAACAUUUCAUGCCCUACAGUUGCUGAUGUAGCAGGGAAACUCACUUGUCAUGUUGAAGAAAUGAAGAAAUUGAUUACUCAAAAACAGGGGGAUGAUCUGGGGCACGCUGAAACUUUUGGUGUGGACCAUCACUAUCCAGGAUCUCAAAAUAACAGUCUCACCGUGGUGCUCUAUGGAGAAUUAGGAACUCGGGAGUUUGCGGAAUUUCACCAGGUGUUAAAGACUUAUGCGGUGAAGGGUGCCAUUGACUAUGUCCUUCGGCAUUAUGUUAAAGAACGUCCAAACAGACGAGUCCGUCUGUCAGGUUAUGGUGUGGAGUUACAGAUAAAAUCGACAGAAUACAAAGUACAAGAUGAUACAGAAGUAAAGGGAGACAAGGCUCAGGACAGCGAUGAGCAGGAUGAUGAUGAUGAUGAUGAGAUUGAAGGCUUCAAUUUCAGCAGGCUGAAACACCUGUAUCCAGACAUGAAAGAGAAGUUGGAUAAGUUGCGGCUGCAUCUUCUAGAGUCGAGCAAUGAGAUGGCACCACUGAAAGUGUGGCAAGUUCAAGAAUUGAGCCUGCAGGCUGCUGAGAGAAUUAUGAGUUCACCUAAAGAAGAAGCACUUAAGGUCCUAACCAACAUUGCUCAGAACUUUCCUCUGCAGGCGAGAUCCCUUGUGCGGACUGUGGUCAAGGAGGAGCUGAAGCAAGAGAUAAAGAGAAACCAAGAACUGUUUUCUUCAUCCCUAAACCUGCAACCAACUGACACAGCCCUCUUUGUGAAUGGCAUGUUCUUUGACCUGGAUGUAGUGGAUAUGAUCUCGCUCCUAGAGGUCGUGCGGCAGGAACUUAGAGUCAUGGAGGGACUUCACAAUGUCGGAAUUUCGGAUUCACGCAUGAGCUCGAUGUUGGCGCUCGACUUCUCUGGUUCUGGUUCGUCGUCAAGCCCAGAAUAUGCGAUAGACAUUCGUGACUCAGCUGUGAUGUGGGUGAAUGACAUCGAACACGACAAACAGUAUCGACGUUGGUCUGACUCUCUUAUGGAGCUACUUCGUCCGACUUUCCCCGGAAUGCUGCGAAGUGUCAGGCGGAACCUGUAUAACCUGGUUAUCCUUGCCAAUCCAGCGAAGAAAGAAGCAAGACCUCUGCUGAAGUUGGCAGAAUCUUUCUAUGUCCAUGUGGCUCCUUUGAGAAUUGGACUUGUGUUUGCGGUAGAUGCUGAUCAGUCUGUCAGUGGCAAUGUAGAUGCAGGAGUUGCUUUGCUGAAUGCUUUCAACUACAUUUCAGAUGUUAAAGAUGCGUACAGUGGUCUGGCCUUCAUUACUAGUGUUUAUGCCACAAUAAAAGAAGAUCGAGAUGUGACUGUUGAGGACGUGAUUUCACUGCUGAGUACCAAAUAUCGUUCGGCAGAUGUGAAUGAGAUAUUUGGAGAGGACUCGGAAUAUGAUACAGGACGGAGGUUGGCCCGUGAUUUUGUAGAGGGAUCAGGCUUUAGGAAAAUCCCACAGGCGUUGCUGAAUGGCAUACCUAUUUCAGAGAAACAUCUAAAUGCUGAAGACUUUGAGGAAGCUGUGCUGUCAGAGAUCAUGAACCAGACACCAGUGUUUCAGAAGGCAGUGUACAAAGGGGAAUUCACAGAUGGAGAUAAUGCACUUGAUUUUGUAAUGAACCAGCCUAAUGUCAUGCCUAGGCUGAAUGACCGUAUUCUGAACCAGGACAAGAGCCACUAUCUGGAUGUGACGGGCUCCCCUCUCGCAGGGGACAUAACUCUGACUGUGGAGUCAUUCUCUAAUCUUUCCCAUCGUGACAUGACCGCCACAAUUAUCAGUCGAGGCGUUCAGUACUUCGUGAAGAAGCAGUACGCGGAUAAAGCCGCGAAAGUGCCGCCUCACAUCAUCACGCAUUGGGUGGUGACAGACCUUGGAACAGCUGGUGGACGACAGUUGUUGGCGCAUGCACUGGAUCAGAUGCGGUCCAGCGGUAGUCCUGGACAUGCCACCCAGUUUGUAAACAAGAUCUUGUUGGAUGACAGUCUUGUCAAAGAAAUUAACAGCGGACAGAAAGAUCCAAGAGACAUCUCCAUUCCAGGGGUGGAUUUAACGGCAAUAUCUGAAGUUACGGAGCAGGACAGUAUUGAAAUAUUGAAAGUUCAACAGCUGUACUGCAGAAACGUGCUGAAUGUACCUGCAGGUGGCAGGGCCAUUGUGACAAAUGGGAGGAUAGUGGGACCCCUGGAGGAGACAGAGAAAUUCAUUCUGGAUGACUUCUCUCUCCUGGAGAGAUACAGCAUGAGCAGUUACGGGGACAAGAUCCUGCAGACACUCAAAAGGAAGACAGUAGAUGAUGAUGAUGAUGAUGAUGAUUUUGAUGAUGUGCCAAGGAACAGUGAUGUGUUGAUGCAAGCUGUAGCUCUUCUGGUCUCAAGGCCUCAGUCACGUAGCCGGUUUGAUAUUCCAGUUCACACUGAUAUUCACAGCGUCAUAAGACUUCCGCCUCACAAUGCGUCCGAGCCGGCGUUUAAUAUAGCCGCCAUUGUGGAUCCUGUGUCAAGGGGGUCUCAGAAGGUUGGGCCAAUCUUGUCAGUUUUGCAGGAGGUUCUGAACUGCCACAUUAAGGUGUACCUCAACUGUGUGGAGAAGAACAGUGACAUGCCACUUAAGAGUUUCUAUCGCUUUGUACUGGAACCAGAGAUACAUUUCACGUCAGAUGGGAGACAAACGAGCGGCCCAAUGGCCAGGUUCGCCAACAUGCCGACAUCUCCACUGUUGACACAAAACAUGCAGGUGCCUGAAAACUGGCUGGUGGAGUCAGUUCGCAGCCCGUAUGACCUAGACAAUAUUCGUCUGGAGGACGUGGAUUCUGUCGUGCACAGUGAGUUUGAGUUGGAGUACUUGCUGCUCGAAGGCCACUGUUUUGAGACCACCAUGGGCAACCCGCCACGGGGUCUUCAGAUCACACUUGGAACAGAGACUCAGCCAGUUGUUGUGGACACCAUUGUCAUGGCGAACCUCGGCUACUUUCAGCUGAAGGCCAAUCCUGGUGCUUGGAUACUGCGCCUCAGACAGGGUCGCUCUGCAGACAUCUUUGAAAUUGUCAGUCAUGAAGGGUCAGACACUCCAGCCAACUCAACAGACAUCAAAGUGCUAAUCAGCUCGUUCCGCAGCCACGUUCUAAAACUGAAGGUCGCCAAGAAGCCGGACAAGAUGCACGUGGACCUUCUUUCAGAUGAUACUGAUCCCAGUUCUGGCAUUUGGAGCUCCAUCACCAGUACAUUUGGUGGGUCGAAAACAGCAGAAGAGGAUGGAGACGGUAGGAUAAACAUCUUUUCGCUUGCAUCUGGGCAUUUAUACGAGCGUUUCUUGCGCAUUAUGAUGCUGAGCGUACUGAAACAUACGAGCACGCCUGUCAAAUUCUGGUUUCUCAAGAACUACUUGUCUCCUACGCUGAAGGAUUUUUUACCUCAUAUGGCAAAAGAGUAUGGCUUCGAGUACGAGCUGGUCCAGUACAAGUGGCCCCGAUGGCUUCACCAGCAAACCGAGAAACAAAGAACCAUAUGGGGCUACAAGAUUCUCUUCCUCGACGUGCUCUUCCCAUUGGAUGUGAAGAAGAUAAUAUUUGUGGAUGCUGAUCAGGUUGUGCGAGCAGACAUGAAAGAACUCCGGGACCUGGAUCUCGGCGGCGCUUCGUACGGUUACACGCCAUUCUGCGACAGUCGUACCGAGAUGGACGGGUUCCGGUUCUGGAAGCAGGGUUACUGGCGCAAUCAUCUUCAGGGAAGGCGAUAUCAUAUCAGCGCUUUGUACGUGGUGGACCUGCGCAGGUUCAGGCGGAUAGCUGCCGGAGACCGUCUGCGAGGGCAGUACCAAGCUCUGAGCCAGGACCCCAACUCUUUGUCGAACUUGGACCAGGAUCUCCCAAACAACAUGAUCCAUCAGGUAGCGAUAAAAUCUUUGCCGCAAGAAUGGCUGUGGUGCGAGACGUGGUGCGACGAGGCCUCCAAGCAGCACGCCAAGACCAUCGACCUGUGUAAUAACCCGCUCACGAAGGAAGCCAAGCUGACCGCUGCAAUGAGGAUAGUUUCCGAAUGGAAAGAUUAUGACUCAGAAGUAAAAAAUCUACAAAAUAAAUUAAAUAGGAUCGAAACCGAGAAGGACGGAGAUUUGAGAUCCGGAAAAAGCGCUUUCCAGAAAACGGACGAUCAUGAACGACACUCUGAAUUAUGAUACGCCGUUGGCUGUGAUUAGUUUUACUUACUUGCAAAUAAUAAUAUUAAAGAUAUGUAUGACGUGCGAUUGCUUUGGACUGAUGGGUCGUCGUCAGCUGCGUUUACUUGAAAAGUAAAGAAGUCGUCUUCGUUGACAGGAAAUUAAAGUGAUGAUUGUUUUUAGUAACAUAA